UUUGACGCUCUCGCCGGCGGCGGUGUGAACGCGCGGUUAGGCUAAACGUUAAUACAGCUUGCCAUACAUGCUCUGUCAUCUACCCCAAGUGCAGUCCACUGUAAUCCAUUAUGCAUGGUCUGUCGGGUGCUCUCCGUAGUUUUUUAAAAACCUUUUGCGGAUAUUAUUGUCGACGUUCAUAUGGAGUACUCACCGGACAGCAGUACACAAGCUCAGAUUCAAAGCAGUACGAUGGAAGGUUGUAUCCAAGUCAUAUCCCAACAAGUUCUGUACAGAAGGCUGUUUUGGCUUUAGGUUCUGGUGUGGCUGCUCUGAAGAACCCCUACAGACAUGAUAUGGUUGCAGUGCUUGGGGAAACCACAGGGCACCAGGCCCUGAUCAAGUUAAGGAAUCGGAUGAGAAAUGACCCUGAAGGUUACACUAUUCUCAAAGAGCGUCCAAGAAUCCGUCUGUCUACGUUAGACCUCACUGGAAUGUCUGCUUUGCCAGAUGGGACUUUAGGAAGAGAGUAUCUCCAUUUCCUAGAAGAAAAUAGAGUCACCCCCGACUCAAGAGCUGAUGUAAAGUUUGUGGACGAUGAGGAGUUAGCGUAUGUCAUGCAACGAUAUCGUGAGGUCCAUGACCUGUUGCAUACCUUGCUUAAUAUGCCCACCAAUAUGCUAGGUGAGGUUGUUGUGAAAAUGUUUGAAGCUGCACAAACUGGUCUGCCCAUGUGUGUUCUGGGUGCAACGCUUGGACCCCUCCGUCUGUCUGUCAGUCGUCUACAGUUGCUGGUUCAGUCUCUGGGACCAUGGGCUCUGCGCAAUGGUGGUCGUGCCCGAUGUUUUCUGAGCAUCUUCUAUGAACGGCGCUGGGAGCAGAACCUUGAUGAAUUGAGACAUGAGUUGAACAUUGAGCCACCACCUGUCAAUCUGAUCCCAUCCAUCAAGAACACAUCCUCAAACUCGUAGUACGCUCACCUGUCUAACUUAUGGAAAUUUGAGCUUGUGGGAAAGCCCCAAAAGGAAACUACAUACAUUCUAUUGGCAACAAAGAUCACCUUUUCCUUCUUCCUCUUAUGACGGGAAAUGAUGCCUCAAAAAAAAAAAAAAAAAAAAGUCAUGUAACAAUGUAAAAAUACUAUGGCACGAAUAGUGAACUAAUUAGGUUGUUCAGAAAGAAGAUGAAAGUUUAAUAUAAAACAUUUUGUAAACAUCCAUUCACUGUUGAUUUAUAGGAUUAUAGGAAUACACUUGAUACAAGAAUGUUCAUUGUUGCUACUACAUUGGAGUUCAACCAGCGCAUGAACAAAAUUGUGAGAUCCGUAUUUUUUUUUUUUGAAAGUUUUAAUAAUAAAAAUAAACAUUAUAUAGUCUGUUUAAUGAAAUAUGUGGAAGUGAUCACAAUAGUUCCUGUAGAAAAAUUGGUGGUAUUUUCUGUAAUAUUUUGUGAUGUUUAUGUUUAUUUAUAAUUAAAUAUUAUCUAAAAAGAAAGACAAAUAAUGAUCAAUCAGUUUGAUCAGAUAUGUGAUAAGAUAUUUCUUUACAUUUGUGUUUUGUCUUUUAAAACAAAUUAAUAUUGAUACAGUUAGCAAUGCAAAGUAAAAACCAUGCAGUAUUCUGCAUUCAGAUAACAAUAAACAUAAAGAUGCAUAUUAUAACAAAAAAUAAAAAUUCUUAUAAUAUCACA